UCGGCAGUGGCUCGCAUUACACUCGAGGCUAACCACUGAAGCACAACCACCACCACACCACCACCGUAGAACGCAUCGUAAAAUGGCAGCCCGAUCACAGUUCCAUUCGCUGCUGCUAGUGGCGCUGGUGCUCGUCUCGAUUCUCGGCACACAGUAUGGUGCCCGUGCCGCCAUACUGACGCGUGCCAUCGAAGCGCAGAAAUCGCUGGUCGAGCGGGAGGAACAGGCACUCCAGGAGGCGAAAGAUCAGGUUUAUCGGACGGCCCAAAACGCGAUGGACGUGUCACGGGAUGCCGUAUCGAACGUGGCCGAACAGCUCCGGUAUGUGGUCGGCUACCCGUGGCGGGUGGCAAGUGAAGCACUGGAGAAACCGAAACUGUACGCAAAGUACAUGCUGUACAAGGCAUCGAAUGCGCUGAACGCCGAACCUGUGACGACGUCCGUGCCGGUGGUGCUGGAGAAAGAGUACACCUCGCAAGCGCCGGAGACGGUUGAGAUGGAAAUGUUCCCACAGCUGAUUUCCGGUUUGCGAUCGCUGUUUAACCCGGAACCCGCGGAACCGAACAAGGAUCUUCCUAAGCCGAGCCCCUACAUCGAGGUGAUUGAAAUUAAGCAGAAGCCGUCGGAGGUGCCAGUCCCACAGCCCGCUAUGAGCGAGAUCGAUAAGGAGCCGCCGAAGGAAGUUCUCCAGAUUUAGGAGCAGAAAGCAUACCAUUAGACGCUUAAUCGGCAAUCUUAACUUAUCAACAACAUUUUCGCUUAAUAAACACCACAGUCGUAAGGAA